AUGCCCGGCGUCCAGAUUUCCAUCGACCGCGGCGGCACCUUCACGGACGUGCAUGCAUCCGUGCCCGGCCGUGAAGACAUCAUCCUCAAGGUUCUCUCCGUCGACCCAGCCAACUAUCCCGAUGCGCCCACAGAAGGCGUCCGCCGCGUGCUCGAGCUCGUCACCGGCAAGCCUCACCCCCGCGGCACGCCCCUCGACACGGCGCCCAUAGACCGCAUUCGCAUGGGCACAACCGUCGGCACAAACGCCCUGCUCGAGCGCAAGGGCGCCCUCUCCGCGCUGCUCGUCACAAAGGGGUUCCGCGACCUGCUGCGCAUCAGUACCCAGUCGCGCCCUAACAUUUUCGACCUCAGCGUCGCCACGCCAGAGCUGCUGUACCAAGACGUCGUCGAGGUCGACGAGCGCGUCACACUGGAGGGCUACUCGGAAGACCCGGAACCGCAGACCAUCGACCCGGCGAGCGACCCGUCGCUGCACGUCGGUCUGACGGGCGAGAUUGUGCGCGUCCUCCAGACGCCAGACCUGGACGCCGUGCGCGCGUCGCUGCAGAAGCUGUGGGACGACGGCUACCGCUCGCUGUCGGUCGUCUUCCUGCACUCGUACGUCUACCCGGCGCACGAGCGGCUCGUCGGCAGCCUGGCGCGCGAGAUGGGCUUCGCGGCCGUCGAAUCGGCGGCCCUGCAGCCCAUGAUCAAAGCCGUGCCGCGGGGCACGUCGGCGACGGCAGACGCAUACCUGACGCCGAUUAUCCGGGCGUACAUCGACUCGAUAUCGGCCAACUUUCAGGGCGGGCUCGAAGCGGCGAACCUGCGCUGCGACUUUAUGCAGUCAGACGGAGGGCUCGUCGACUUCCGGGCCUUCAGCGGCCUGAAGAGCAUUCUUUCGGGUCCGGCGGGCGGCGUUGUCGGGUAUGCGCAGACGUCGUGGGAUGAGGAGCAGAGGAAACCCGUCAUUGGCUUCGACAUGGGCGGUACAUCGACAGACUGCUCGAGGUUCGCCGGUACGUAUGAGCAUGUGUUUGAGACGACGACGGCGGGCGUUCUCAUCCAAUCGCCCCAGCUUGACAUUAUCACCGUCGCGGCAGGCGGCGGCUCCAUGCUCUUCUGGCGCAACGGUCUCUUCGCUGUAGGACCCGAGUCCGCCGGUGCCCAUCCCGGCCCAGCCUGCUAUCGCAAGGGAGGGCCCCUGACCGUGACGGACGCCAAUCUCUUCCUCGGCCGCAUCGCGCCCGACUACUUCCCCCACAUCUUCGGUCCCAACGAGAACGAGCCGCUUGGCACCGAGGUUGUGGCCGACAAGUUUGCCGAACUGACGGCAGAGAUCAACGCCGACAACCGCGCCAUGGGACGAGCCGCGUUCUCCGCCGAGCAGGUGGCCCUGGGCUUCUUGCAGGUGGCAUCCGAGGUCAUGGCGAGGCCGAUCCGGGCACUGACGGAGGCGAGGGGAUACGACACCUCGGACCACAUUCUUUCAUGUUUUGGCGGCGCUGGUGGCCAGCACGCGUGCGACGUCGCAGCGGCGCUGUCCAUCGAGCAGGUCGUCAUUCACAAGUACUCGUCUAUCCUGUCGGCCUACGGCCUGUCGCUGGCCGACCUGGUGCACGAGGUGCAGAGGCCGGCCGCCGUAGACUUUGGUGCGGCCAGCUUCCCCGUCAUCGAGCAGACGCUGGCCGACAUGUCGUCUGAAGCAACGGCGCAUCUGGCGGGCCAGGACAUCGAUGCUGGCCGGAUCAGGUUGGAAGUGUACCUCAACAUGCGCUACGAGGGAUCCAACUCGGCCUUCAUGAUCAUGCAACACGCCGGCGAGGCGACGGCCAACUUUGGCAAGUCCUUCGAGGAGAAGCACUCGCGCGAGUUUGGCUUUGUGUUCCCCGAGAAGAGGAUUCUGAUUGACGACUACCGCGUGCGAGCCGUAGGCUCGACCUCGGAGCACAAGGAGAAGAGCCCCUACCGCCAGCUGCUCGAUGUUGCUGGGAAACCCAAGGUCGAGGCGCCGGCCGCCGCAGGCACGAAAGAGGUCUGCUUCGAGGCUGCCGGCGGCGGCGUCGAUACGAAUCUCUACCUCUUGGGUACGCUCGAGGCCGGUGUUCGGAUUCCCGGGCCGGCUCUCAUCCUAGACCAGACGCAGACGAUCCUCGUCAGGCCCAAGACGACGGCCGUCAUCCUCGACAGCAUCGUUGUCAUCGAACUCGAGACCUCGUCAGGGUCCAACACUGGCCUCCCUUCGUCUGAUGCGCCGCAGCAGACGCAGCAGGUCGAAAGGACGGUCAACCCCAUUCAGCUGUCCAUCUUUGGCCACCGGUUCAUGUCCAUUGCCGAGCAGAUGGGCCGCACGCUUCAGAAGACAGCCGUGUCAACCAACAUCAAGGAGAGGCUUGACUUCUCGUGUGCCAUCUUCUCGCCCGACGGCGGUCUCGUGGCCAAUGCGCCGCAUGUCCCCGUCCACCUCGGCUCGAUGCAGUUCUGUGUUCGCCACCUGCAUCACCAGUGGAAGGGCCGCCUCGAAGAGGGCGACGUGCUCAUCUCGAACCAUCCGUCCAGCGGGGGCACCCAUCUGCCGGACAUCACCGUGGUGACACCAGUCUUCGACAAUGGCGCGAUCGUCUUCUUCGUGGCUUCGCGCGGCCACCACGCCGAUAUUGGCGGCACGCGGCCGGGCUCGAUGCCGCCCGACUCGCACUUCCUCUACGAGGAGGGCGCCGCCAUCCUCGGCGAGAAGCUCGUCAGCAACGGUCGGCGCAGGUGGCGGCCAACAAGCAGGGCAUCCACCUCAUCCAGGGCGCUCAUCAGCGAGUACACGCUGCCCGAGGUGCAUAAGUACAUGUUCGCCAUCCAGGCCAACGCCGAGCAGGCGGUGCGGGCGCUGCUCAAGACGAUGCACGCCGCCAUGCCGCCCGGCGGCCUGCGCGCCACCGACUACAUGGACGACGGCACGCCCAUCGCCCUCGCCAUCACCAUCGACCCGGCCACGGGCGACGCCGUGUUCGACUUUACCGGCACGGGGCCGCAGGUCUACGGCAACACGAACGCGCCGCGCGCCAUCACCCACUCGGCCAUCAUCUACUGCCUGCGCGCCCUCGUCGCGUCGGACAUUCCGCUGAACCAGGGCUGCCUCGCGCCCAUCGACGUGCGCAUCCCGCCCAACACGAUCCUGUCGCCGGGCGAGGGGGCGUCCGUCGUCGGCGGCAACGUGCUGACGUCGCAGCGCGUGACGGACGUGGUGCUCGCGGCCUUUGGCGCCUGCGCCGACAGCUCGGGCUGCAUGAAUAACCUGACGGGUUUCGGGUACUACGAGACCAUCGGCGGCGGCGCCGGCGCAGGCCCGACGUGGCAGGGGACGAGCGGCGUGCACACGCACAUGACGAACACGCGCAUCACGGAUCCCGAGGUGCUGGAGAAGCGGUACCCCGUCCUGCUGCGCGCGUUUGCCGUCAGGGCUGGGUCGGGAGGCGAGGGAGCGCAUCGCGGAGGGGAUGGCAUCGUCAGGGACAUUGAGUUCCUCGUGCCCGGGGUGCAGGUGUCCAUUCUGUCCGAGCGGCGCUCGCGGGCGCCGAGGGGCAGGAACGGAGGAGGCGAUGGUGGCAUGGGUAGGAAUACUUGGGUCAGGAAAAGCGACGGCAUGACCAUCAGUCUCGGGGGCAAGGCGACGGCGAGCUUCGGGAGGGGAGAUCGUAUCAUCAUUGAGACGCCCGGCGGUGGAGGCUAUGGCGCCAAGGUUGCCGCCUGA